GGUAGUGCAUAUUAUGCCUUCUGAGAUCAUCAGUUCAUUUCUCCUACAACAGAAAAGAUCAGGACUACUCUGCUCCUCAAAGUCCUUCUUUUAUUGUCCUAGUUAUUGGCUAUGCUUUAAAAAAGAGGAUCACCAAAAACUCUGAUUCAGCUCCAGUUUAAUAAGUUGAACAGUGGAGAUCAGCAAAUCCCCACUGAAAUGCUUCAUUGAUUUUACUUCUCUGGAGUUGUAAAGCCUGAAGCUGAUACCGAGGUGACUAUUCAACCACUCCCUGAAGACUCCAGGGUGAAAGGGACUGGAAAGGAUCCAACACCAUUCAAAUGGGCCACUGGUCUGGACCAUGUCAUCAGAGGAGAAGUACAUCGUCCAUUUCAUUUUGGUCUUGUCAGACUUUGUCUGUUCAUUUCAGAGCCCCCCUGUUCAUUUCAGUGCCCCCCUUCCUUUCUCACCUUUGAUUACUACUCUUUUUUUUACUUUGAGACUAAAAACUUUUUCAACAAUGAAAAAUAAAACUAUAUUAACUGAGUUCAUCCUUCUGGGUCUAACAGAUGUCCCUGAACUCCAGGUGGCAGUUUUCACCUUUCUUUUCCUUGCAUAUUUACUCAGCAUCUUUGGAAAUCUGACUAUCCUCAUCCUCACCUUGCUGGACUCCCACCUUCAGACUCCCAUGUAUUUCUUUCUCCGGAACUUCUCUUUCUUAGAAAUUUCCUUCACAAACAUCUUCAUUCCCAGGGUCCUGAUUAGCAUCACAACAGGGAACAAGAGUAUCAGUUUUGCUGGCUGCUUCACUCAGUAUUUCUUUGCCAUAUUCCUUGGGGCCACAGAGUUUUACCUUUUGGCUGCCAUGUCCUAUGACCGCUAUGUGGCCAUCUGCAAACCUCUGCAUUAUACCACCAUCAUGAGCAACAGAGUCUGCACCCAGCUGAUUUUCUGCUCUUGGCUGGGUGGGUUAAUGGCUAUUAUACCACCAAUCACCCUGAUGAGUCAGCAGGACUUUUGUGCAUCCAACAGACUGAAUCAUUAUUUCUGUGACUAUGAGCCUCUUCUGGAACUCUCAUGUUCAGACACAAGCCUCAUGGAGAAGGUUGUCGUACUUGUGGCAUCUAUGACCCUGGUGGUCACUCUGGUGCUAGUGAUUCUCUCAUAUACAUUCAUUAUCAAGACUAUUCUGAAGCUCCCCUCUGCCCAGCAAAGGACAAAAGCCUUUUCCACUUGCUCUUCCCACAUGAUUGUCAUCUCCCUCUCUUAUGGAAGCUGCAUGUUUAUGUACAUUAAUCCCUCUGCAAAAGAAGGGGACACAUUCAACAAGGGAGUAGCUCUCCUUAUUACUUCAGUUGCUCCUUUGUUGAACCCCUUUAUUUACACCCUAAGGAACCAACAGGUAAAACAAGCCUUUAAGGAUAUGGUCAAAAAGCUUGUGAAUCUUUAAAGAAUUUAAGAAAUAUCUUUGGGACUAGGUAUGAAAAAAAGAGAGAUGAAAAAAAAUUUAAGACUUCAUUAAUGAGUCCCUACUAUGUGCUAAGCUCUCUGCUGGUUACUAAGUACUCAAUAAAUAGGUUAACUUCAGUUCAUUGAGAGAGAUUUGGAAAUAAAUUACAACCUGUUAAGUGUUAAUAGUGAAAUGAAUAUGGUUUUAUUCUAUUUAGUUACUCAGUUGAAUAACUCAACCUAAGUUGGAGAGAAAAUAGAUGUUUUCAGAGGGGAUAGAGAAAGAAAUAUUGGUAGAAGGAAUAUUGUGAGUAGGAGAACAAAAUUUCAAUCCAAGGAGACUGAGUAAAUGUUACCACUAUUAAUUUCAAUCAAAACAAAAGGAGUCUGAAAAAGUUAUGCAGAUAAUAAAUUUAGCUUUGAAUUAAGUUAAAUUCUCAUUUAAAAUAAGUUAAAUGCCCAUCUGAAUUUGGAACCAGAUCUAUGAAUUUCACAGUCCUUAACAGGUACAUGAUAGUUGAUGAGGCAGGACUACAUGAGUUCAUAAACAAAAGCUUGUAUAGAAAAGGCUUAAAUAUUAAAUGUUAAGGAUCCUCCCAAAAUUUAAAGAGCAGAAGAAGCAGAGGGGUUAAUAAGAAGGGCAAUAGACCUGUAGAAGAGAUGUCUCAAGAAAUAUAGUUUGUUGUCAAUGUGAAGUGCUGCAGAGAGAGAUUGAUAAGAAGAGUGAAAGUAUGAGAACUGACAGUGGAUUGUUGUUGAUCUUAGCCAUUUUCAGCAAAUGUGAAAGUUGGGUAGGAAGCUGGGUUGUGUAGGAAAAGACGAGAUUAUUGUGGGUGACUAGUGAAUGGGAGCUGACAAGUGAAAGAAUGAUAAAACAGAAUUUUGCAAAUAGAGAAAUGAAAAGAAUGACCCCCAGGUUAUAUUUCACUGUGGUAUUCUGUGCUUUUUCACUAAUAAUAUCAUAAUAAUGAUUAUAGAUGUAAAUCUGUAUUCACCUCUAGUCUGUAAGGCAGAAGAGUGCAGGGAUAAUAGCUUCUUAUCACAAUUUUGUCUGCAAUGCCAAGCAAUGAUAAGUGCUCAAUAAAUAGUUCUUAAAUGGA